AUGGAUGACAGCAAGAGGAUGGAGCGAUUUCAGAGUAUGUUCUCUUUAAAAGAGAAGGACAUGAAUUCUCAAAAAGAGCUGUCCAUGAUGUCUUUACUAGACAAUCUCCUUGCAAAGAAAGAACUUUCAGAGAAAGAAGAAGCUAAGCAGCAUACCCAACUAGAGAAAGAUUUGACAAGGAAGGAACUUGAUAUGCAGGAUCUGAAAAAUUCAGUCGCUGCUGAAACCAAAGCAUCACCUACAUCAAGUGUUAAUGAGCUUCAUCUAGAAAUCAUGGAAAAGAACCAUUAUGAGAAUGUAAUGAAGGACAAGGUCUUACCCGAUAUUAAAGAGGCCAAGGCUAAAUAUGAGGAGCUUGCAACCAACUGGCAGCUUGCAAGCAACUUGAGUUGUGAACAGAGAAGAGAAUAG